ACAAUGCCAAGGAAUCCACUACCAGGUGCUGGAGGGUAAAUUUCAUAAAGAAUAUGAUAUUUCUUUCAAAAUUUUUAUUGGGAAAGAAGGUAACAAAACCAGCAAGGUAUUAUCUAUGUUAAAACUGAAAGGAGAUAAAGAGAAAGCACUGAUUUUGGAAUUUCUACAGAUCUGUGAUGACAUGAAUCUCCCUUAGACACUCAAAGUGUAAAUAUAUACGUGCUAUAGUCACCUCGGUGGUUUUUUUUAUCGUUAGCAAGAGACAAAAAGGCAUCUCAGGGGCAAUUCAAUUGCUUUUAGGUAUCUGUUCCAGCUGAGAAGAGUCUGUACACACCUGCUUCCCUCGGCAGCCCUCGGGGGAGUUCAACGACCUCACCCAGCCAGGAGCCUCUUGACUGCAGCCAUCUCAACCAGAUCCAAUUCCUCCUCGAGUUAUGUCAGAGGCUCUCCAGGCUCUGUUUGGUUAAUGGGGCCGUGUAGCUGCUUCCAGCCAGGCACAGCCUCUCUGCGCUUCUUCCCGGGGGCUGAAAACCAACGCAUGGAAUAACCACGAUGGCGAGAGCAGGAUUAACGCAGAGCAGCACCUCGGGAACCACCUGGAAGAGCCUCUGAACGGCACCUGCUGCCCGACCCAUCACUGCCAGACCCUUCCACAGCUCUGCACACCCAGCAGUGUCUGCCCCGGUGUACCGGAGGUUCUGAACAGCUUGCCCAGCCCCGCGCUCCAGAGCCCGGGGUGAGGGCGGGAGGACACGCGGGAAGGGCUCAGGGAAAACACAUUCCUCGAGGAAAGGCCCCGCAGGCCCGGCUCGCAGGGCACAACAGUGCGGGGGACAAAAGGAGCCAAGUAACCCCGGCUCACGAUGUUUGGCGAGCCCGGGCCCGCGCUGGGCCUGGAACCAGUCCAACAGCCCAGCGGAGCCUCCCCCGCAGGGCUGGGCCGCCCUGGCCCCGCCUCGGGGCGCUGCCCGUGUCCCGUCCGGCCCUGCCAGCGCUGCCCUGAGGCCUUCCGGGCCGGCGGAGCCCCGGAGCCGGUGAAGCCGGGGGGCCAUGGGCCCCGGCGGGCGCUGGGUGCGAGCGGCACACACAGCCCUCAGCGCGGCCCUGCUGCUCGGACUCCUCCUGCACCGCACGGAUCUGCAAAAGCAAGAGGAGCGCGGGGAGCUGCUUCAGCCGCUGAUCUUCGUUUUGCUGGUUUUAUGCUCGAUCCUGCUGUACUUCAAGGUGUCUCUCAUGGAUCCGGGUUUUGUUAAGCCUGAAGAGGAAGUGAAGGAGGGUGAAGAUAAAGGACAAGGUGUGGUGACCCCUCUGAUUCCAGGUGACAUUAAGCUGCGGCGCUGUGGUUACUGCCUGGUGAAGCAACCCAUGCGAGCCAAGCACUGCCAGGUGUGCCAGCACUGCGUGCGGCGCUACGACCAUCACUGCCCCUGGCUUGAGAACUGUGUAGGAGAAAGGAAUCACCCCCUCUUCAUAGUCUACCUGAGCGUGCAGCUUGUGGUUCUGCUGUGGGGAGGCCAUGUUGCUUGGUCAGGCCUCUACUUUGAACCAUCCCGGGAGUGGCUGCAGCACAACAUUCUCCUCCUUGUGUCCUUCCUCCUGAUAUUCAUAUUCACCAUUGUGGUGCUGCUGCUGCUUGUUUCUCACCUGUACCUGAUCUCAUGCAACACCACGACCUGGGAGUUCAUGUCACACCACCGCAUCUCCUACCUGCGGCACUCCGAGCUGGAGAACCCCUUUGACCAAGGGAUAAUCCUCAAUCUCUGGAGAUUCUUCUGUUCACACCACCUCACUGCAUGGGAGAACAUCUAUUUUCACAAGAACAGUGAGCCUGUCUAGUCCCAGUGUGCCAACACACCUGGCAGGCUGCUGGGUAAAACUUUGCUAAUGCAAUGGCUGCUGUUUCCUUGCACUGAACUUCAAUACAUCAUGGACUAUGCAACCUGCUCCACAACCUGUUCAUCUGCAGAUUACAUUUCAGGGAUAGUCAGGGUUAUUUUUUAUGUAUAAAUAACACUGUUAAAAGCAAGAAUACAGUUCUGGGAAGGGCAAAGCCAGGAGAGCUGACUUCCAGACUGAAGGAAGUAUCUCUCUAAAUUUAUUUCCUUUUGUUAAGCGCAUCCACAUCUCUCCAGAAGAAAUGCAAGAUUAGUGUGACUAUUCGUGUUCUCUUCUCCAAGGUCUCCCUCACCUUUUGCUGCUAGGGAACAGCAGCAAUUACAGAUAAAACCAGCCAGGAUCAGUGUAAUUCCUGUGGCCUUUUUUCAGCCAAGUUCUGACUGUGAGAACUGCAGUGCCUUUUGGCAGUAGGAUCAGGCAUGUAAGAGAAAUAUUUGAGUAAAUAUUUAGAGAGUCAAAAGCAAAUUUUAUUUUGUCCAUAUGCCUCAACUUAAUGCUUUCCAUGAAGACUUAAGGCUUAAUACUGUUAAUGUGCAUAAGAAAGAGCUGUAAGACAUCCAAUUAAUCUUAUGAGAUAAUUAACCUGUAUUUUGUGAUGCCCUGAGCAGCUUCCUCACAGCUUUUUAAGCUGAUGAUGCUGCUAACAAUUCACUGUUUUGAAUCAAGCCAGUGAAGAAUGACACCAUCACUUUUCUUUGGACAGAAAAGUAAUCCUUGGCUGCUGAGUUAUUUCUGCAGAUAACAUUGUGCUCAGGCCUUUGCUGUAGCUUGGAAGAGAAGCAGGAGCAGAGCUGGGCACCUCAUGCCUAACUAAAGUAACACUGUUGGUAAAACUACUACUACCUCAACUCACUAGUGACAUUUUAAUAAAAAAAUACAAUUUCAGUGCAAGCGAAAAGCUGCCAGGUCCUGAGAUGAGAGAUGCUGACAGCUUUCAGGACAGUAGCAAGAGGAUCUCUUUUCCAUUGAAAUAAAAGGUCAUACUUCAGAUUUCCAUGGGGAACUAAAAGGAAGUUUGGGAUGACUGAUCUUAGCUUUAAAACAAAAAAGGCUGUGGUGUGAAUUUUAGUCCUGACCCUUUUCUGUUAAAGCAAAAACAAACAAAACAAGAAAAACCACCACAACAAAAUGUUAAAAUUAUCUUGUGCCUUAAUUGUCCUGGCUCAGGAAUUAACACCAACUCAGAAGCACUCAGGGUUUAAAGUUGAUGAACACUCAUGAAAAGUUACUAAUACAGCAUGACACUCCAAAAGCAAUUUAAAUGCAGCAAAAGAUCCCUUUUUUGACCAGCUCCAGAGUUUGUAAUCUGUACACAGUCUGCUUUGUUCAGAGUAGAAGCUUUAUCAGAGGGAUAUCAGAAUGCUAAGGAUUGUUUUUGUAAAGCUGCUACACCAUUCAGAAGUAUUCUGCAGUUUGUUUGUGUUGCUGUGGUAGCUGCUAAAGUGUGGAUCAUCUGUCACACUGCAAUACCUGGUUCCUCAGGUAUCAGUCAAGUGAAAGUUUAUCAGCAGGUACAACAGCUCAAAACAGUUUUGCUCUGUCUGGUGUUUCUUUAAAAUACACUUGGGUGUUAAUUUACCAUUUUUUUUAACUCAACCAUAAAUUAUAAAAUAAAAUAUUAAAUAUGCAUUUUUAAA